UCAGCGUCGGCUGCCCUGCUCAACAUCUCCUCUGUUAACACAAUGGGGAAGGUGAGCAGCAGCACAGGUUGUUGGGAUUGAAGGAGUUUGAACCAUAGGCUGUAUCAAAUUGGUUUGAACUCGACAACCUCGUAGGUCUACCAAACUAGAGAGCGCCCGGGGGUUUGAAGCGAGUAGGUAUCCAGGAAGUCAGCAGACAGCAUUUCUAUGAUGGAGAGUGGGGGUGACCGUGUCCUCCGGUCUCGCUGCCAAGCCAUUCCUAAAAUGCCCACCUUCCCUGACUUGGAUAACUCUUUGGACGGGGAGUGUAAUCAAAAGCAACACCAGCAAGGCAAUGGAGGCAACCACGUUUCCAGCAAUGUAUGCUCUCUUUCAGGAAAAAUUGAAGUGGAACAUGUCAUCAGCAAAAAGCUACAACUGAAAAGGAAAGCAGAGUACCUGAAGAGUGACCUGAUGCAUCAGUUUGACAGUCAGGUUAAUGAUUUCAUGGACAGUCUCAUCGAGGAGUCGGCCAGCCUGGAGCCUGCACUUGUCCCUGCUGUCUUCUCGCCUCCGCUGUCAGACAAGGAGAGAAGUAAACUCGGGUCUUUCCGGCCUCCUCAUGGCCAGGGCAAACUGUUUGUCAGUCGCAGGUCCCUCUUAGAUGAGCUGUUUGAGGUCAACCACAUCAGGACUAUCUACCACAUGUUUAUUGCCCUGCUCAUUCUCUUUAUCCUCAGUACACUGGUGGUAGAUGUCAUUGAUGAAGGCAGACUGGUGCUGCACUUUGACCUGCUGGUCUAUGCGUUUGGACAGUUCCCUCUGGUGGUGUGCACAUGGAUCUGCAUGUUCCUGUCGGUGUUGCUGGUUCCCUACACCCUGUUCCGUUUGUGGUCCCAGACCCAGUCUGGGUCUUGCAGUCACCCUAGGUUGUGCAGUGUGCUGUUUGGGUCUGCAUUCCUGCUGUACCAAGCUCUGGGUGUGGGAUUCCUGCCUACAUAUGUGGUGGUGACCAACAGUUUUCCACCUGCAUCCUGUUUCAUCAUCAUCCUGGAACAGGUGCGUCUAAUGAUGAAAGCCCACUCCUUUGUCAGGGAGAAUGUACCAAGAGUCUUAACCUGGGCUAAAGAAAAGACCAGUCCUCGCCCAGUGGUCCCUCAGGUUUCUCAAUAUAUCUACUUUCUGUUUGCUCCAACACUCAUCUACAGAGACAAGUACCCCAGGAACCCAGUGAUCAGAUGGGGCUAUGUGGCAACAAAGUUACUUCAGGUACUAGGCUGUCUGUUUUAUGCCUAUUACGUGUUUGUGCGGCUGUGCAUCCCUCAGUUCCACAGCAUCAGUCCGCAGCUGUUUGACUUGAGGGCCAUGGUCCUCUGCAUCUUUAACUCCAUAUUGCCAGGAGUGUUGAUCCUCUUCCUGGGAUUCUUUGCCUUCCUCCACUGUUGGCUAAAUGCUUUUGCUGAGAUGCUCUGCUUUGCUGACAGAAUGUUUUACAAGGAUUGGUGGAACUCAACCUCUUUUGCUAAUUACUAUCGCACUUGGAACGUAGUGGUCCAUGACUGGCUGUACUACUAUGUGUACCGAGAUCUCCUGUUGAUGUCUCAGAGGCGUUUCAGACCAGUAGCCAUGCUGUUGGUGUUUACAGUAUCUGCAGUGGUCCACGAGUACAUUCUUGCAAUCUGCUUUGGUUUCUUCUAUCCCGUGCUCUUCUGCCUCUUUAUGUGCUUUGGAAUGAUGUUCAACUUCAUUCUGCAUGACCAAAGGAAAGGUCCCAUCUGGAACAUAAUCAUGUGGACAUCCCUCUUCUUGGGUCAGGGAGUCAUUAUCUGUCUGUACUCCCAGGAAUGGUAUGCCCAGUCCUACUGCCCCCUGAAGGAGCCUUCAUUCCUUGAGUUACUGAAGCCUCGCUCCUGGAGCUGUCAGAGAGGCCUGACAGCGGAUUCUGAUAGGCCAUGAUCUACGUUUGGACUACUGCUGAGGAUCAAUAUAAAUUUAACCAGCCUUUCUUUUGCUGUCUUAAGUUCUGGUCUUUCAGUUUGUUUUAUUUCAUUGCACUAAGGUCAUAAGUCUGUGUGAAUGUAUGGAAGAGAUCCAAUCAUUAUCUGCCAAAAUGUUCUUUACUGUAAGAGCAGCGUCACAGUGAUGCCUUACUUACCCGUUUAAAAGACAGACCCAACUAAAUUUUCAAUAAAAGUUCACAUAAAAUCACAUGUGAACUCUGUUUAUGUAACAUUUUUUUACUUAUUACUUUUGCCUUGAUCAACUGUGAAAUCGCUACUUGUGCCAAUAUGAUA